GCCUGCCUAGGCUGAGUCACCUAGUAAUGUUGUUGUCAUUGUUCCUGUUGAAGUCCCAGCUCAGUUUCACAGACCUCUGUGGAAGCAGCAACAGCUCCCAUCCUUCCAACCUUUCUGAAGAAGCCGUGGCCUGAUGGUGAGCCGAACGGGCUGGGGGGGGAGAAGAAGGUGGCUGGGGCGGUGGGGAGACCUGGGGCCCGGAUCGGUGCCCCUCCUCCCCAUGCCGCUGCCACCUCCUCCUCCUCCUUCAUGCCGGGGACCUGGGGGAGGGAGGAUCUCCAUCUUCUCUCUGUCCCCUGCCCCUCAUACAAGAAGCUCCGCCUCCUCAUUUUCCCCUCCCACUGCAGGGCCCCCUUGCUCAGUGCCACAGGGGACAGGGGCUUCUCAGCCUUGCCACAGUGCUCUCCCUACCCCAGCCACCCCCCCAACACAGGCUCAACCUGCAAUGACACCUGCCUCUGCAUCUCCCUCCUGGGGAUCCCACUCCACCCCACCCCUAGUCUCGGCAACUCCCCCUCCCUCACACCAGUGCCCCCAGGACUCUCCUGGGCUGCGGGUAGGCCCUUUGAUCCCUGAACAGGAUUAUGAGCGGCUGGAGGACUGUGACCCUGAGGGGUCCCAAGACUCACCCAUCCACGGGGAGGAGCAGCAACCCCUGCUUCACGUCCCUGAAGGGCUCCGAGGCUCCUGGCAUCACAUCCAGAACCUGGACAGCUUCUUCACCAAGAUCUACAGCUACCACCAGCGGAAUGGCUUUGCCUGCAUCUUGCUGGAGGAUGUCUUCCAGUUGGGACAAUUUAUUUUCAUUGUCACCUUCACAACCUUCCUCCUUCGAUGCGUGGAUUACAAUGUUCUCUUUGCCAACCAUCCAAGUAACCGUACCAGACCUGGGCCGUUCCACAGCAAAGUGACCUUGUCAGAUGCCAUCCUACCCUCAGCCCAGUGUGCUGAGAGGAUCCGCUCCAGCCCGCUGCUGGUCCUCCUCCUGGUCCUGGCUGCGGGGUUCUGGCUGGUCCAGCUGCUUCGCUCAGUCUGCAACCUCUUCAGCUACUGGGACAUCCAGGUGUUCUACAGGGAGGCCCUGCACAUCCCCCCGGAGGAGCUGAGCUCGGUUCCCUGGGCAGAGGUGCAGUCCCGCCUCCUGGCGCUGCAGCGGAGCGGGGGCCUGUGCGUGCAGCCGCGGCCCCUGACGGAGCUGGACAUCCACCACCGCAUCCUGCGCUACACCAACUACCAGGUGGCGCUGGCCAACAAAGGCCUGCUGCCGGCCCGCUGCCCGCUGCCCUGGGGAGGCAGUGCCGCUUUCCUCAGCCGCGGCCUGGCGCUCAAUGUCGACCUACUGCUCUUCCGCGGUCCCUUCUCGCUCUUCCGCGGGGGCUGGGAGCUGCCGCACGCCUACAAGCGCAGCGACCAGCGGGGCGCCCUGGCAGCGCGCUGGGGGCGCACAGUGCUGCUGCUGGCCGCCCUGAACCUGGCGCUGAGCCCGCUGGUGCUGGCCUGGCAGGUUCUGCACGUCUUCUAUAGCCACGUGGAGCUGCUGCGGCGCGAGCCUGGCGCGCUGGGGGCGCGCGGCUGGUCCCGCCUGGCGCGCUUGCAGCUGCGCCACUUCAACGAGCUGCCGCACGAGCUGCGCGCGCGCCUGGCCCGCGCCUACCGCCCCGCCACCGCCUUCCUGCGCGCCGCUGCGCCCCCCGCGCCCCUGCGCGCGCUGCUGGCCCGCCAGCUCGUUUUCUUCGCGGGCGCACUCUUCGCCGCGCUGCUUGUGCUCACCGUCUACGACGAGGACGUGCUAGCUGUGGAGCACGUGCUCACCGCCAUGACCGCGCUCGGGGUCACCGCCACCGUGGCCAGGUCUUUCAUUCCGGAAGAGCAGUGCCAGGGUCGUGGGCCGCAGCUCCUGCUGCAGACAGCCCUGGCCCACAUGCACUACCUCCCGGAGGAGCCCGGCCCCGGCGGCAGGGACCGCGCCUACCGGCAGAUGGCGCAGCUGCUACAGUACCGAGCGGUCUCCCUCCUGGAGGAGCUCCUGUCCCCGCUCCUCACCCCGCUGUUUCUGCUUUUCUGGUUCCGCCCUCGUGCCCUGGAGAUUAUCGACUUUUUUCAUCACUUCACUGUGGAUGUGGCUGGGGUUGGGGACAUCUGUUCCUUUGCCCUUAUGGAUGUGAAGCGCCACGGCCACCCUCAGUGGCUCUCGGCGGGACAGACUGAGGCCUCGCUGUCUCAGCGUGCGGAGGACGGCAAGACUGAGCUUUCUUUGAUGCGGUUCUCCCUGGCGCAUCCGCUCUGGCGCCCCCCAGGGCACAGCUCUAAGUUUCUUGGGCAUCUCUGGGGCCGAGUGCAACAAGAUGCAGCUGCCUGGGGCGCCACCUCGGCUCGCGGCCCCUCCACCCCGGGGGUGCUCAGCAACUGCACCUCGCCCCUGCCUGAGGCCUUCCUGGCCAACCUCUUCGUGCACCCUCUCCUGCCCCCGAGAGAUCUGAGCCCGACAGCCCCCUGUCCAGCUGCAGCCACAGCCAGCCUCCUUGCCUCCAUUUCCCGAAUUGCCCAGGACCCCAGCUCUGUGUCCCCAGGAGGCACUGGGGGCCAGAAGCUGGCCCAGCUCCCAGAACUUGCUUCUGCCGAGAUGAGUCUCCAUGUCAUCUACCUGCACCAGCUUCACCAGCAGCAGCAGCAGGAGCCGUGGGGCGAGGCUGCAGCCUCCAUCCUGUCCAGGCCCUGCUCCAGCCCCUCACAGCCACCCUCGCCUGAUGAGGAGAAGCCAUCCUGGUCAAGUGAUGGCUCCAGUCCUGCCUCUAGCCCCAGACAACAGUGGGGAACCCAGAGGGCCCGGAAUCUGUUCCCUGGAGGGUUUCAGGUGACCACAGACACCCAGAAGGAGCCUGGCCGGGCCUCUUGCGCUGACUGAGACGACUCCUCAGGGUCAGUAGUGCCUCCUGUGAGGGGAGGGAGAAAGGACUGCAUAGGUAGUUGGUUCGGAGUCAGACUUGAAGCGAUGGGAGCAGUGGUGGGUAUUUGGGGUGAUGGGAGGUGGUCAUCUCUGGAAUCGACCCCUGGACUGCUUGCUAAGAGCCAUCUCCUCCCACAGGUACCCUGGCUUCCGUAGCCACAGGAGAUUGGAGGGUGGAGUGGAAAAACACAAGGAGUCAUUGUUAGAGGCCCCAUAGAUGACAGGCCCAGGUGCUUUAGUUGGGCAGGACCUGGGAGUCAGUGAGGAACUCGCCCCGAGAACAGAGAAAAGGUAGGAAAGGAGAGGAGAUGCUGAUGGCAUCUGGAAACAAGUCUUAGAGAUGGUCUCCACCCGGAGGGGAUAAGGGGAGACACCCACAACUGGAAUGUGUCCUGGAGCAGUUGCCUGGGAAGAAGUCCUCAAGUUUCCUCAAGGUGGGGGACAGAGGUCAAGGAUGAGGCCGAGCUAAAUGGAAGGGCGACAGUGAGGCAGGUGGGCUUUAAGGCUGUGGAUUCGUCAUGCUGGCGGCUGCCAGCAGCACUUUCAGGUUCCUUGGGGCUUGCAGGGGAUGGGGACUUGUGAGUGGAAAGACGGGAGGGCUGAUGUUUUUGGACUUCAGCAUGGGUGUGAUGUCUCAGGAUGUGGGUGUGGCUCCCCAUCCUGUAUGAAAUAAGCAGUAAAGCUUGCUCAUGGCUGUUGCA